GUGCACGAGCACGAGCAUCUAGUAACCGCAAUUGGUAAAGCGGUCGUCGCGUUUGCGUUUCGCCGAAGUCGUUAUGCCUUCUUCCUUGUGUGAACCACUCACAAGUUCUUCAGCCAAUUUAGAUUAUCUAAAGCAAGAUGAUUGGAUUACUAGUGGAAAGCUGGGCUCCCGCGAAGCAGUUCUGGUUUUUAGAACGAACAUACUCAAUCCGAAGACCCGCAAGACCCUAUCCGAGAAGUCCUCCGCUCAGGCGCUGCUCGAGUCCAAAGACAGAGAGGAUGACGUUGUAUGCCAAAGAGCUGAAACGUCUGCUUCAGCCGGUAGCAGCGAAGCUCUAAGCGGCGGCUCCACGCAGAAAAAUCUUUAUUUAUUAAAAACACAAAAUUGUGAUAACUCGGAUAAAUUAAAGUUUUGUAGCCCCUUUAAGAAGAUGCUUAACCGAUAUUCCUCGAGUGAUACGUCCAUUUCCAGCGAAGGUGAACCCGAGCCUUCGCGCAGUAUUGAAAAUAAAUCGCGUGUACUUAAGACUAGCCAGAAUUCCAUUAAUAUAAAUUUAGCUGAAGAUGAAAUGUCUAAGGAGAGUGGAUACGAUUCCCUCGGACCUACCCAAUCCAAUGCGAAUACGGCUGAAGCAAGCGAGGAAGAUCCGGAGGCGACCAGCGAGGAUGAGGUUGAAUGUGGCAUUAAUAUGCCGGCCUUUAAGCUUAAUAUUACGUACAAAUUCCAUCAAACGGAAACCAAGUUGCUGAGAAAGCUGUUCAAUGUACAUGGCCUUACCGAAUCGCAAGGCGAAAAUAAUUUUAAUCUUCUAUGGACUGGUGUCCACAUGAAAUUGGAUAUUGUGAGAAACCUGGCGCCGUAUCAGAGGGUUAAUCAUUUCCCCAGAUCCUACGAGCUAACGCGGAAGGACAGGCUCUACAAGAACAUUGAGCGGAUGCAACAUCUCCGUGGGAUGAAACACUUUGAUAUUGUGCCUCAGUCCUUUGUCCUUCCCAUAGAGUCCCGGGACCUGUGUGUGGCCCACAACAAGCAUCGCGGACCGUGGAUAGUAAAGCCAGCAGCAUCCAGCAGAGGAAGGGGUAUAUUUAUAGUUAAUACGCCCGACCAAAUUCCGCAAGACGAACAGGUGCUAGUCUCCAAGUAUAUUGUGGACCCGUUGUGCAUCGACGGCCACAAGUGUGAUUUACGCGUUUACGUGCUAGUGACCUCUUUUGAUCCCCUAAUUAUUUACCUUUACGAGGAGGGUAUCGUCAGGCUGGCCACAGUCAAAUAUGACCGGCAUGCUGAUAACCUGUGGAAUCCAUGCAUGCAUCUCUGCAACUAUAGCAUCAACAAGUACCAUUCGGAUUAUAUAAGGAGCUCUGAUGCCCAGGAUGAGGAUGUGGGUCACAAGUGGACGCUGUCGGCCCUUUUGAGGCACCUGAAACUCCAGAGUUGUGAUACGCGUCAAUUGAUGCUGAAUAUAGAGGAUUUGAUUAUUAAAGCCGUGCUGGCUUGCGCCCAAUCCGUAAUUUCCGCCUGCCGGAUGUUCGUGCCCAACGGCAACAACUGCUUCGAGCUGUACGGCUUUGAUAUAUUAAUAGACAACUCCCUGAAGCCUUGGCUUCUGGAAAUCAAUCUUUCACCAUCAAUGGGCGUGGAUAGUCCGUUGGACACGAAGGUAAAGUCAUGCCUUAUGGCCGAUCUCCUCACAUGCGUGGGCAUUCCAGCCUAUAGUCCAGAAAUGAGAUCUCACUACGACCAAAAAUGGUCCCGAUUCCAGCGCAGUUCCAGCUGCCAAAGGCAGCCCACCAAUUAUCCCGGAGUCGCUCUCGCGCAGAAGUCGAAGAAAUCGAAGAAGAAGGGAGGAGCAGCAGCCGCUGCCAAUGUUCAGUCUCAACUUACAGGCGAAGAGCAGCGCAUUUUACGCCAUACACGCCAACAGUAUUCCCGCCGCGGCGGAUUCGUACGCAUUUUCCCCACUGACGACUCCAUGCAACGUUAUGGUAACUUCCUAGACUCCAGCUCUGGCAUUCCUAUAUCCACGCCGACGGUGCAAAGUCAGACAUUCCAAACGCCGGUCUUGCAACACAACUACAACCAAAUGCUGCAUCUAAAUCUAUACUGCCAGGAUGCAGGCCGGCAUAGCAGAGACGAUAACUCGGAGGAGAACCGCAUUGGCCAGUACGAGAGGGCCCUGGAGACUGAUUCAGAGAUUCCCUUCGUCAAGAAGGCGACGGUGGCCAAGUGCGAGGAGGAGGGGCGGAGGUUGCGAAAGGUGAUGCUAAAGAAGAUUUCCAGUGGAUCCGAACUGACGCAGUUCCAGGCGCGGCAGACUUUCAGCUUGUAUCUGGAGUCGGUGCUACGCCGCCUGACCGAAGAUCCUAAAGAUAAUCACGAGAAAAUUAUCCUAAAGUUUUUGAACAAAUUCGGAGGAGCCGUGAAGCCGCCAGUUGUAUUCCGGAAUAUGCAGAGCCUCAAGGUGGCCAGCAAGGCACGAUCGGCUAUGGUAGCCAAGCUUUUGGGCGACUUUCUGGAAAACUACAAGCGGGACACCGAGGCGUAUGUGGAUUCGUUCGAUCACUUCGGGAUGAUUCCAUCCAGUGCCUAUAAUCAGUUCCUGAUGCACGCACAAGAGUCGGACUUGGAGGCAGUGCUGACUCUUCACACCAAUGUAACCGGAAUCAUGCCCUUCCUGUACAAUCGAUGUGGACUGUCAGUGCCACCAACGCCCCCGAUUCCGUCCGGCCUGCAUGGGUUUUUAAGAGCUCUCCCCGCCAUGGUGACCACCUCGGGCACGGCCAGGGAGCUGAGCAAGUACGAUGGAUACUUCAGGAACUGCGAAAAGGAUAAGAUAUUCCUAUAAGAGAACCUAGAGCACAAAAAGCGAGGCUCAAAAAUCUGUUUAGCUAAUUCUUCGAAGCUUGUGUCCAGUGUCCAGUCAUACUUGGUAGUAAGUCAAAUUAUUUUUGUAUUCAAAUUUUCGCAUUAAGGCAGAGGAGUAAUCACAAAAUACAAAACUGUUAUAGGAAACAACGAUUACAAAAAUGUAGUUUUUGAACUGCUUUAUAAAAAUUAAACGGAAAUAGCUUUUAUAUUAAAAAGAAAAGUCAACUUUUUCUGCCUGCAACACAACUCAUAGCUUUAACAAAUAUAAUACUUUCUACGCCAAAGAUAUAUGAAACCGAAACUUCGAAAAUAAACGAGAACUGCACAAAUUAACAACACCA